AGUAAGUGUCCUGCUCUUGUGUGGGGUCAUUGUGCAGCAAAUCCUCAAGCUAUGAUCUAACCCCAUAUUUGUGACCUGUCUUUUUAUCCGGACAUUGUCUGUCAGAGACCGGGAGAAACAACAUGACGCGUGGGGGGCUCGUCACCCGCUAAGAGUAGGACGGUCUCGGUGAUGACGGAGGCUCUUGCCACCGUGUCACUGUAACCUUUUCUCUCCUUGCUUUGCUUUUGCUGCUGAAAGAACUGAAAAUUCACCAAGCAGCUAUUUUGAGUUUCAUCUGUCGGACAAUUGGGAAGAAUUUACUGAAGAUGUUGUCAUUGCAGCUGAAAUGGUUCCUCUCGGAGAUCAUUUCCAAUCAAGACCAAACAAGCCUCUGAGCAAAUAUUGUGGAAUGGAAUACAGAUGGACGGACGGUGACACGUGAGCCUCAUCUUUAAAAGUGACUCACUAAACGGAGGCGCCGGCGCCAUGCCCGAAACGCAGGUCUUCUACCAGCCUCGUCACACUUUUCAUCAGCCUCCGAGCCGCUACCUGGACCUACUCCAACGGCGGUCCCAAGAAGACCAGAUUGAGCUGUGGUGGUUCCGAGAGCCGCGUCAGUCCCUCGUCUGCUUCUGUGCUUCGGUUGCCCUCAUUGUCGGUUUGGGCCUGGGCGGCGUCGGCUUCCUCUCGACCACCAGCUCCGGAGAGUCCAGCGAGUGGCGUCUGAUGGUGGGCACCACGCUGUGCCUCCUCUCGCUAGCAGUUCUGCUCAAGCAGCUUCUCAGCUCUGCCAUCCAAGACAUGAACUGUGUGCACAGCAGGCGCCGAAUCGACCAGCUGAAGAGCGGCGGACGGGCUGACCCGGCGCUCAUCCUGGUUGUGGGUCUGGCAGUGAUGCUGUGCGGGACAGUUUUACUGUGCGUGGACACAGUCAGCAGCGGGGACGAUGACAGCGAUGACAUGUUGGUGUCCGGUCUGGUGCUGAUGGCCGUAGGACUUGGCAUGACUCUGGCUGUGGUGGGAUACGGCGUGCUGGUCUACCUGAAGAGAAGAAGGGAGCACACCAGGAGGAGGAGAGCUAUUGGCGCAAGGAGGCUGGGAAGGGGGUCUGCCAGUGUCUUUCGUGUCUCAGGAAGAGCGAUGAACCAGGCCGAGAGGGAGACGAGCCUGAUCUGAGAUUGUCAAAGCGACUAUGUGCUGUAGAGUGGACCUUGGUAUCGAAACACUGUUGUUUCUCCUUCAGCUUGUUCUCACUUUGAUAUAACUUUCCACAGUGAACCCCCCGCCCCCCAACCCCACCGCACCUACGCAGGGGUUUAAAUUCCAGACCACCCCUGCAAUAAAAUUGCGGUUUUGAAAUACCCAAUUUAAAUACCCCCUAACACUUAUGGCACUUGCUUCUUUUAAGGCAGGGGCAUCAAACUCAUUUCUGUCUCGGGCCACUUCGGAGUCUUCCCUUGGAGGGCCGUUGAAACCGCACACAUUUUUAAUUGUCGCAUCACAUGAUUAUUUGUACAGAACAAAUGAUUGGAUUACUAGUUUGUAAAUCCAUCAAUUAUAAUAGUUUGUUCAAUUAUAGUUCAAGUGAGUGCUAACAGGACAACACAAUUAUCGCGAAAUCUCAUUUCUUAUUCAUGACAAAUGACUAGUUGACAUUUCGGUGCACAUUUUAGCAAGGAUCGUGCAAGUUGACACACAUUAUUUGCUUUUGCGGGCCACAUAAAAUGACAUAGCGGGCCAGAUCUGUACCCCGGGGCUUGAGUUUGACACCCGUGUUUCAAGAUCUUAAAAAAACACUUCAAAAACAUUUAAAUGCAACAUGCUGAGAAACGGCAAGAGCAAUUGAUAACACUAAAAUACUAUACCGCUUGUGUUGACAGUGAAGAAAUCACAUUUUUCCAAACUAACAAAUUUAUCAUCUCACCAUAUACAUGAGUUAUCAUGCCCAAAGCGGUAUAUUCUCAAAUUAAUAAACAGCCGUCGCUUUUUGUAGGUAUAAAAAGCAGGAUUGGAGAUGAAUGACAUUCUAUUAUCUUCAUUAAAAACAGAGAUGAAAGUACUUCCUGUUUUCAUUGGUAUUCAUUUUGAAUUUACACCUUUUUGAACUAUAUCAUCUUUCACGGGGGCUUCCGGUCACCAUUAACCGCGAAAAAACGAGGGAUUACUGUCGUUACAAACCGUAUGAACGUUUUUACAUGCACCACACAAGUGCAGAAUUUUUUUUUUGUCUGCACCUUCGUCAAAUCCACCAAAAUCAGGUGACACCACCUGCGCCACAGCUUAGACUUCCUAUCAACCAAAUUGUCAGGAUUACCAGAGGUGUGCC